CGUCAAUGGAAAAUCGAAACGCGUACGAAACCCACCUGGUCUCCUCGACUGACUCACCCGAGUUCGCUCACUUGACUCGGGCCCUGACUCGUUCAUCACUCGUCGCACUCGACGCGGAAUGGAAGCCAACUCGGACUCGGCAAUCCACCUUCCCCACUGUGUCCCUUCUCCAACUCGCGUGUCGACUCAGUCCCAGACUCGUUGGGAGCUCGAAUGAGCUGCUACUGCCCGAAGAAGAAUCGGUGGUUUUCUUGGUGGACCUUAUUUUGAUUCCUCCACCUUCAAUCUGGGAAUUGUUGAGAGACCUCUUUGUAUCCCCGGAUAUUCUGAAAUUGGGUUUUAGAUUCAAGCAGGAUUUGGUGUACUUGUCAUCAACUUUCAGCUCCCAUGGAUGUAAUCUUGGAUUUGAUAAGGUGGAACCAUUUUUGGACAUUACAAGUAUAUACAAUCAUCUACAAGACAAACAACCUGAAAGGAGAAUAUCAAAGGAUAUCAAAAGUUUAGCUACUAUCUGCAAAGAAGUCUUAGGCAUCUCUCUUUCAAAGGAACUUCAAUGUAGUGACUGGUCAGUUCGUCCUCUUACAGAAGAACAAAGAACGUAUGCUGCUCUGGAUGCACACUGCUUGCUUGAUAUAUUUGAAGUAUUUCAGGCCAAGGUCAUCAAAGAAGGUAAUAUAAUUCAGAAUGUUCCUGAUCAACUUUCCUCGAUUUCAAUUCUUGGGUUGAAAGAGAUUCUUGAGGAAGAUGACUUGUGUAAUAAAAUAAUGAAGACGGGAUUUGUUGAAGCCGUGGAUGUAGUUCGAGCUACUGCUUGUUCUGAUGUUUCUCGAGAAAUAGCCUCAGAAGAAGGAAUGGUUAUGAGAUCUCAACAUAGGAGUAGUUUGCCUAUGGGUGAAUCCCUGUUGAAUGUAGUGAAAAAAUAUGGUGAAAAACUUUUAUUGGAAGAAUCUGAUAAAAACCCAAAAAAAUCAAGAAAGAAAGGCAGAAGACGACCUUCAGCUAGUUUGAUUCGAAAAGAAAGGCUGUUAGAAAUUUCAGAUGAAUGGCAAGGCCCCCCACCAUGGGAUUUGUCCGUGGGAGGAAAUGGAUGCCCAAAGUUUCUAUGUGAUGUGAUGGUUGCAGGGUUGGCAAAACAUUUAAGAUGUGUUGGAAUGGAUGCUGCAAUCCCAUGUUCAAGAAAACCUGAUCCCAGGGAGUUAAUAGAUCAAGCGCUCAAAGAGAAUAGAGUGCUCUUGACACGGGAUGCUAAGCUUCUGAGAUAUGGUUAUAUACUAAAUAAUCAAAUAUAUAGGGUGAAGAGUCUUCUGAAAAAUGAACAACUACUUGAGGUCAUAGAAACUUUUCAGCUGAAAGUCAGUGAGGAUCAAUUGUUGUCAAGGUGCCCCAAAUGCAAUGGUAGAUUUAUCCAAAAACCAUUAUCGACUGAAGAGGCUGUGGAAGCUGCAAAAGGUUUCCAACGAAUUCCAGAUUGCUUGUUUGACAAAAACUUAUUGUUUUGGCAGUGCAUGAACUGUAAGCAACUUUACUGGGAGGGAACCCAGUAUAAGAAUGCAAUCCAGAAAUUCAUAGACGUUUGCAAUUUGAAUAACAUAACUCCAAAUUUGUAAUCAUUGUCUACACAGUUAUGUCAUUUGGUUUGGGCAAAUGUCUUUGUCGGUUAUACUUGUAAUAUACUCAUUUACAUUCAUGUGUUUUAAGUAAAGUACGUCACUUUUUUUAUUUA